CGACUGCAGGGCCGGAAGCCGCCGACGCAGCAUGCUCGAGCAGGUCUCUACACGCUUCAAGAACGCUUCGUGGGUCAACGACACCUUCGUGCCGGACUGGGACAGCUUCAUGAACUCGACGACGUCUGUGGUCGCGCCCUUGAUCGCCGAGAAGGCGUGCGCGCUCCUCGACACCAAUAAGAACUGCUACACGGCGUCGUGGCACCUCAUUUGGCAGCAAGUGAAGCUCUGGCUGCUCAUCCAGACGCCCAUCUUUGGCGCGUCCGUGCUCUUCGAGUGGCUCGACCUCGCGCAGAACAAGCACAUUGAGAAGAUGCGGUCCUUCUGGGACUCGUCGUUCGCCCACUCGCUCGCCUACGGCGUGCAACUCGUCGCGUCGCUCUACGCGUGCAUGGCCUGGAUUGCCCGUGCCGGUGCGCUCAGCCUCGACCCGGCCACGUGGACGAUCGAGUCGCUCCUUAUGGGUCUCUGCGCCUUCAACUACGUACUCCGCUGGCUCGGCGCCAAGCACAAGUGCGCUUCUCGACGAUUCGUUUACCACGUCGUCCGCCUCUCCAACCUCUUUGAUCUGCUCUCGAUCGCGUCGCAUUUCUCGCUGGCGACGACGCCGGUGCAUCUACACUCUAGCACCAGCUAG